GGCUUGGAGAAGGAGGAGGAGAGAGGGAGAGAGAUGAACUGUCACACCGAGCACAGAUUAAACAGAAACCUCUCAGCUACAGACACAAACCCCUUCCCCCUGCCCAAAACUAGACUCCUUACCCCUCCUUGCUCAUUCCACAAAUCCUCCACUUCCUAAUCUGUGCUUCACCUGGAUUUACUCACAUUAACUGGAGAAAGUCUGCAGAGCUCCCAGAUCAAACCAUGAAUUUUCAAUCAGCAUGGCCAUGCCCAGCCUGGGCCGUUAUGACCUCCUUGUGGGUUAUUUUGAGUUUUUCAUCAUUAAGCAAUGCUCAGACCACCACAGCAGUUCCUUCUGGAUGUGGGCAAGGUUUAGAUCCAAUUUACUACUAUCUCUGUGAUCUCUCUUCUGCCUGGGGUAUUGUGUUAGAGGCCAUUACCAGCGCUGGCAUUGUGUCUUCUUUCAUCCUUAUCAUCGUCUUAGUAGCCAGUACGCCUUUCAUUCAGGAUCCGAGGAAGAAAAGCAUACUUGGGACUCAGAUCUUCUUCCUAGUGGGAACAACUGGACUUUUCUGCUUAGUCUUUGAUAUAAUUGUCAAACAGAACUUCUCCACUUGUGCAUCACGGAGGUUCCUAUUUGGAGUUUUCUUCGCUAUGUGCUUCUCCGCCUUGUGGUCGCAUGGAAUCAGCCUCAAUUGCCUUGUGCGAAGAAACAGAGGACCCAAUGGCUGGUGGGUGUUUUUGAUUGCUCUCUGUCUUACACUGGUCGAGGUUAUUAUAAACACAGAGUGGCUUAUUAUCACCAUUGUGCGCACAGCCAGUACACUGGGACAACCAUGCGCUAUUGCCAAUCAGGACUUUGUUAUGGCGUUAAUCUAUGUCAUGUUCCUCAUUCUGGCUGGGUUUGUGACUGCCUGGCCAGCAUUUUGUGGCCGCUAUGGUCACUGGGGCAAGCACGCCAUCUUCAUUCUGAUCACCCUCUUCCUGUCCAUCUGCAUUUGGAUAGUGUGGAUUGUUAUGUACGUAUACGGGAAUAUUCAGCUCAACAAAUCUUCGUACUGGGAUGACCCCACGUUGGCCAUUGCUCUGGUCUCUAACGCCUGGGCUUUUAUCUUCUUCUAUAUAAUCCCGGAGAUCUCUCAGUUGACCAAGCCCAAUCUGGAACAGACAUUUGAGGAGGAAGGAUACCAAGCUCGUGGUGUGGGCUAUGAAACCAUCUUAAAAGAACAGAUUUCCCAAAGCAAUUAUGUAGAGAACAAAGCCUUCUCCAUGGAUGAGCCAGCCGGUGCAAAAAAGCCCAUGUCCCCUUACAGCGGCUAUAACGGGCAGAUGCGAGGCAGUGUCUACCAGCCCACGGAGAUGGCAAUUAUGAACAAGAAUACGGUAAGGGCCCCUUCUCUUCCAGCAAAGGCUUUGGUGACAUGCGGAGUCUGUGGUUGGCCGUAAUCUGAGUGUUGGUUGUUUGCCCUUUUAGUUUUUUUUUCUUCUACUUCAAUGUCGGAUGGAGAGUUUAGCGGGCUGUUCAGUGACUGUG